GAAAGAGAGACCCAAAGACACGGGGGUGGAGUUAUUCCAUGGGGGGCGUGGUCGAGCCGCUGUCACUCACUGGCGGUUGCCAUGGCGAGCGGGCGGUCCCGAACAGCGGGGCAUCCAAUGGGAGCCGACGCUGCGUGUGUCGCCAUGGUGACGGGGCUGUGCCCAGGGAGGUUGUGAUGGGUUGACAGGUGCGUGACAAUCGGAGCUCUCUGCAAGCAUGUACGCCAAAGGCAAGAGUAGCAACGUGCCGUCCGACAGCCAAGCCAGAGAGAAGUUAGCUCUGUACGUCUACGAGUACCUGCUGCAUGUCGGAGCACAGAAGUCAGCACAGACCUUCCUCUCAGAGAUCCGAUGGGAGAAGAACAUCACAUUAGGAGAACCUCCGGGGUUCCUCCACUCGUGGUGGUGUGUUUUCUGGGACCUGUACUGUGCAGCUCCGGAGAGAAGAGACUCGUGUGAACACUCCAGUGAGGCCAAGGCCUUUCAUGACUAUAGCGCUGCAGCAGCUCCCAGCCCAGUCCUCGGUAGCCUUCCCCCAGGAGAGGGCAUGCCAGUGGGACCAGUCCCUCCAGGAUUCUUCCAGCCUUUUAUGUCACCUCGGUACCCUGGAGGGCCCAGACCACCCCUCAGAUUACCCAAUCAGGGACUUGGAGUCCCAGGUAGUCAGCCGAUGUUACCCAGUGGAAUGGACCCCUCAAGACAGCAAGGACAUCCAAAUAUGGGAGGGCCGAUGCAGCGGAUGACUCCACCCAGAGGCAUGGUUCCGCUGGGGCCCCAGAGUUAUGGAAGUGGAAUGAGACCACCACUGAACGCCCUGGUUGGUCCUGGGAUGCCUGGCAUGAACAUGGGACCUGGUGGGGGCAGACCUUGGCCAAAUCCUCCAAACUCCAAUUCGACCCCAUACUCUUCUGCAUCUCCAGGAAGUUAUGUGGGACCUCCAGGAGGCGGAGGGCCACCUGGGACCCCAAUAAUGCCAAGUCCAGCAGAUUCAACCAACUCUGGCGACAACAUGUACACUUUGAUAAACACAGUCCCUCCAGGUGGAAACCGACCAAAUUUCCCUAUGGGAGCAGGUGGCGAUGGUCCAUUAGGGGGAAUGGCUGGAAUGGAGCCUCAUCACAUGAACGGAUCAUUAGGGUCAGGUGACAUGGACAGUCUGCCUAAGAACUCGCCUGGUAACCUAAGUAUGAGUAACCAGCCGGGGACCCCCAGGGAGGAUGGAGAGAUGGGAGGAAACUUCCUCAACCCUUUUCAGAAUGAAAGUUAUUCUCCAAACAUGACGAUGAGUGUGUGAAGGUUUGGGCGGCGCCUCGAUCACUCGCUCAGUGCGCUGGUGCAGUGAAAAGCAGAGAGACUGGAUGUGACGUCAUCUAAGCCAGUGACUCUUCCUCCACCGCCACCACUGACCCAGUCAGGACAGUUGCCCCCCGUGGGCUCCGUCCCUCUCCGCCCCCGUCAACCCUACAUCUCUUCCCCCAUUCCUUCAUUGGUUUCUGUUCACCUCUCCUCCUCCCUUGUUUGGUCUCCCCCUGUUCUACGUGGUGACUCUGCUACAUUCAUCAGUUCUUCCUCUGCAACCAUGAGACUGUACAAAGGAACCAAACGGAUGAAACCCCCCGGAGGAGAACUCUUUGUAUAUUUGCAAACGAUGUGACUGUGCACACUCACUCCAGUCACAGACAGGUGUUUCUGCCUUUUGCAUCAUGUCACGGAGUUCAUGCUCAAAAACAAAAUGGCCAGUAUCCUAUUUAUGCUAAAGUUUAAAUUUCCAAGGACUUAAAGAGAUACAGACACUUUUUGGAUUGACAGUAAAAAUGGAAUCUAACUUGUUGCCACAUCUUUUGUCUUUACCUGAGAAAUCCCUUUGUGGAGGAGAAUCGAGAGACAUCACAAUCAUAUUAACAUGCGAUUUUAAUCGACGCAGAUAUUUGUAAAGUCAACUUUUGGGGCUUUCUAAAAUUGUGUUUUAUGUUUUAUACAAUGGGUUUCAUGAUUAUUUAAAAAUUUUCCAUCACAAACAUUUCCGCCACAAAUGUGAAAAAUGCAAAAUCAUUCCCUCUGUCUCACCUCUGUUACAUUUCCGAGGCCUGAUGAGGAACAUGAGUGCAGGGCAAUGUCAGCGACUUUCAGACUUAAAACAUAAAUAACACAAAGGCCUCCUCACAACUUGAAAUAUCUUUCUGCAUUGAAAAGCUACAGAGAAAACUGAGCUUUGUUCAAGGCUUAAAGUGAGAAUACGUGACUUUUGAGCUGUAGCCACUGUUGUCACAAGUUGUGGCGGAAUGGUAAAUUAUAGUAAUGAUGAUAAAACAUAUUGCAACAACAGCAAAAGUGGAGUAGCGCUGUAAAGUCCAUGAAGUGGCUUGGUAAUGUCCGUCAUAGCAUUAUAGCAAUGUCUAGUUCAAGUUUGUAACCUUAGCUAACAUAUAGCAAACCAAAAAGCAUUUGGUCAAACCAGAAGCAAAUCCCCUGAGGGAUUACAAAGAAGUUACAAAGUCCUUUCUGCCAUUAGUUUCCUCUGUCGCUGUUUCCGUAACAUUGCUCCUUAUUUUACGGGACUGGCUCCUCCCACCUUGAGGACCAGUGGAUCUCUUUUCGUCUGGCCUCCACCCUUCAACCUGUACAGCUUGGGAGACCCUGCCGGGGGACUGAGCACCUGCGGCCAUAGCUAGAGAGAAAAUAUACACACAUCCAAACUUGAUAAGCACUUCUUCAAUGCCCAAAACGUUUUCUGUGAGGUAAUUAGUGAAAUAUCUCUUAAGUUGCCAGACACUUAGCAAAGACCCAGAAUCAUAAUUUUAGCCUUUUAGUUGUGGCAAAAUAGCGCUUUUAGGGAUUGUCGCAGUUGCCCCCAUAAGAUUAAAUCAGAGCCAUUGCCGCCACAUUGCGGCUGACAUCAAAGGUCGAUCUACUGGACAGAAUCCAAAAGUUCUGCAAGUACCAUUCCGCUCCCUUCAAACCAAACCAGAUCAGCCCUAAUGCCAACUGUCAUUGAAUUGCAAGGAGCAGCAAAGAGGAAGAAGGUUUGAACAACAGAUAAACAGAAAAUUCUAAUUAAUUUUUUGGUUUGUUUGUUUGUUUUAUGCAAGUGAUCUUUGAGCAUUGAGCAGACCGCCUUUGUUGCAACUCAGACUUUUUUUUUCUGGUCACAGCACAACCACACAAACAAGUUCUUUUGUCUUAUGUAACAGUCUAAGGUGAACAGAUAGGGAAACAUUAGUCAGGCUUUUGUUUGCUGAGGCCUCUCUUGACCUCUGGAUCCAAAUGAUUUAUCGGUUUACGUCACAGUUUACUGGACAGAAAUGUUAAAACGAGAGAAAUCGAAAGAUAAACCGUAAAGAUUUUAAACCAUAAGACACAAGCUUCACUUAGGUCACCCAUACUUUAGUGUCAUCCGGAAUAACUGUGAUCUCAGAGGGAUAUGAGAGGAUGGUUGGUACAGAGCUAAAAUAAGCUUGUUUUUAAUCAACGUUUUGAACUUUUUUCACUGCCCAGGAUUGUAUCAUGUAUAAAAGGUCAAUAUGCCUGUGAACAUUCCCCUUUGCCCUCCCCUACUGCAAAGUGUACAGCUCACAAAUGUAGCUCCUCUGUCUUGUAUGUGUAUUUGAUAUUAUUGUUAUUAUUUAAAGAAAAAUCCGGAGAGUUAUCGCGAAAUGGAGCGAUGGACUGAUGAUGCACCAUCACAACUGAACAGCGACUUUUUUAAAAAUUAUAUUGUUAUGUUGUUUUUUUCUGUUGUUGUUGUUGUUAGAUUGAAGCCAUAAGUGGGAGUACAAGGAGAUGCAUUUGUAAAUGGAAUCAUGUUUUCUGUUUUGUGGCAAAACGUGGGACUCCAUUUGUGAUGUGUUCAUUUUCUCUUUUUUAUUCUUUAUUAUUGUGUUUUUGUAAAUACAGAGAAGUAUUUCAUGGGUUUUGAAUAUGCUGGUAUAAAGCUUCUCUUCCCUUAA